UGUGCCUGUCAGAGUCACUGGCGGCAGUGGCGGCUGUCGGGGCCGGGGUGUCAGUCAGCGAGAGGAGGGGGAAGAUGGCUCUCUCGGACCCGUUCUGCUAGGAGGAAGAGGGGCAGGUGGCGCGGCCCGGCCGAGCGAGCGGAGCAACAGCGGGCGUCGUGGUCGCGCGGGGAGGCGGCGCGGCGGGGGCUCGGGAGCUUCUCUGGUUGAAGGUUUGGAACAGAUGUGGAAAGAUGUUUACUACAGAGAAAGGGGUUGUGGAAGAAUGGUUGUCAGAGUUUAAGACACUACGAGAAACAUCUUUACCAAAUUAUGCCACAAAUUUGAAAGACAGAAGUUCUUUAGUUUCAUCUCUCUAUAAAGUUAUCCAGGAGCCACAAAGUGAGUUGCUAGAGCCUGUCUGUCACCAGCUCUUCGAGUUCUAUCGCAGUGGAGAGGAGCAGCUGCUGCGGUUUACUCUGCAGUUCCUUCCAGAACUGAUCUGGUGCUACCUUGCCAUCUCCACCAGCAGAAACGUGCAUAGCAGUGGCUGCAUUGAAGCUCUUCUUUUAGGGGUUUACAACUUGGAAAUAGUUGACAGACAGGGACAUAGCAAAGUAUUGAGUUUUACGAUUCCAUCUUUAUCUAAACCAUCUGUAUAUCAUGAACCUUCCAGCAUUGGGUCCAUGGCUCUGACUGAGAGUGCACUAUCCCAGCAUGGUUUAUCAAAAGUCAUGUACAGUGGACCCCAUCCUCAAAGGGAGAUGCUGACAGCACAGAACAGGUUUGAAGUGUUGACAUUCCUUUUGUUGUGUUACAAUGCUGCCUUAACCUAUAUGCCCAGUGUUUCUCUUCAAUCACUGUGUCAAAUUUGUUCAAGAAUCUGUGUUUGUGGAUAUCCUCGACAACACGUAAGGAAGUACAAAGGCGUAAGUAGCAGGAUUCCAGUUUCAUCGGGAUUCAUGGUGCAGAUGUUAACAGGAAUUUAUUUUGCCUUAUACAGUGGAGAAUGGGAGCUAGCCCAGAAAGCAUUGGAUGACAUUAUAUACAGAGCCCAGCUAGAAUUAUAUCCAGAGCCACUUCUGGUUGCUAAUGCAAUAAAGGCUUCAUUGCCUCCUAGUGCCAUGAAAUCUAGUAAGGAAGGUACACGGUGUAUUCAAGUUGAAAUCACACCAACUUCCUCUAGAAUAUCAAGAAACGCAGUGACCAGCAUGUCAAUAAGAGGUCACAGAUGGAAAAGACAUGGAGAUACAGAAUUAACAGGUCAAGAAGAACUGAUGGACAUAUCUGAAGUUGACGAGGGAUUUUAUUCCAGGGCUGCGUCUAGCACCAGCCAGUCAGGUUUAUCAAACAGUAGUCACAAUUGUAGUAACAAGACAAGUGUAGGAAGGAGCCAGAGACGGUCAGGAGGAAGCAGAACUGGAGGAAAAGAGAGAGAAACUGCAGGGGAAUCUUGCAAAGAUCACUUUGCUCGAAAACAAACGCAGAGAGCCCAAAGUGAGAACCUUGAGCUUCUCUCUUUGAAGAGACUGACUUUAACUACCAGCCAGUCCCUACCCAAACCUAGCAGCCACAGUUUGGCUAAGACUGCAGCGACUGUGUUUAGUAAGUCCUUUGAACAGGUCAGUGGUGUUACGGUCCCACAUAACACCUCUCCUGCCAUUGGCUGUGGGACUGAGGCAGAUGCCAAUAGGUUUUCUGCUUGUAGUCUCCAAGAAGAAAAGCUUAUUUAUGUGUCAGAAAGGACUGAACUUCCAGUGAAGUAUCAAGUAGGUCAGCAGAGACCACCUAGUAUUAGCAUCACUUUGUCCACAGAUUAACUUGUAACUUAUUUUUCUCCUUUAUCCAGUGAUCCUGGAAACAUUGCUUCUUUAUGAAAGUACCCAGGUCUUUCAUGCCUGGUCCUGACAGGAGCCCCAUGUCUUAAAUUCUGAAGUCUCCUUUGAUUAUGAAGGGAAUAGUGUCUAGUUUGCAGUAAGCUGAAAUAUGGUUUUAUUUCUUGGGUACCCUCCCCCCUUGAUUUGAGUUUUUUCUUCUUCCUUUUAACUUGUUGUUGUUGCUUUAAGAUUGUUAGUGUGACAAUUUUUUGCCAGUUGUCUAAUUGAGUUGGUUAUAUAUCAUUUGAGGUUGUGAGUUUGUUUUUGAUACCUCCUAUUUUAGUGGCUGUGUAUUUGCCCUGUGGAGUCAAAGGGAGUUUCUGUGUGAGAGGACUGGGCCCUAACCUGGGACAGAGGAGCAAGUCCAGGAACUCAGUAGUUGCCCUUCCAUGAAGCCAUGCUGACAAACGUGCAUGUGAGGAAACAAAGCAUGGAGGAUGAAAAGUGUCCGAUAAAUGUGCUUGUGAUCAGAUCAUCUUCGUGCAGAAGACAGCUUGUUCACAGCACUGCAAGUAGCCUGGCAUGACCUAUUUUACAAUUCCAAGGGAAAGUAGGAGAAUUUCUGUUGGUGUCUUUAGAACAUUUAAACAUCAAAACUGAGUUGUUGAUAACGUCCUUUUGAAGUGCUUGAUCUGGUGAAGCAGGUGAAAGUCCCUUGCAGUUUCUAAAGUGUAAUAGGUCAUAAAGCUGAUUGACUCUGUAACUCAACUUUAGAAAUCCUAGUUAGUUUGGAUUCUUAGAGUUCAGAGCACCCAUCAAUGAAGACUUCCUGGAAACCUUUGUAAAUUUUGCAACAUAGCUCUUAAGAUACCUGUAUCAACUGUGUAAUAGUGAAUUGUUUGUCUGAAAAUGAAGGAAAUUUCAUAAAAUUUUCUUGUACCAAAUGUAAUGAAAGAAAAUAAAGAUAGUGAAAUACGGACAAAGGACAUUUGUAUAUUAUCUUAGGGUUGCUUUAGUUUGUGUUCUUACAUUUAACAUAAGGAAAGAAUGAAAUGCAUUUCUUGUUUGUAAGCAGGUUUACUUUAAGUGUUCUUAUAGAUGUAGAAAGAAAAAUUCAGUUUACACCUCUUGCCAACUGAAAACUUAAAAUAGGAAAGGUAAGGCAAGCAAAUUUGUACGUAGCUCCGGGGAGCUCUGUGGCCUCUAGAUGGGCAUAAAGGCUUGGAAUUUGCUGGUGGUGGUCUCAGUGCGGUUGAGCUCCCUCUCAAGGAAGUGUACUUGAGUAAUAAUUUGGAAUGAGAGAGCAGGGCUAGUGGGGAAGGGCUAGGAAACGGUCCACUUCUUGAGCUCUUUCACUUUCUAGAUUUCCUUGUUCAUAGCCCCUAGCCGUAGCCCCAAGGAGAACAUGUUCAUGUUUUUCACAUGAAUUGCAUAGAUACAGCUCAAAUACUUGAGAAAUCUGUAUGUGUUGGGACUGUGAAAGCAUCUACACCUGGAAUACAAUUUUGACCAUACAUGCUUGCCUGCCACUGUAAACCUAAUUUUCCAAUCAUAAGCUAGUUUUCACUCAUUAGCCCUAAUACAAUACAUGUUUUAACAUAAAUGAAUUUGACAUUUUAAUUUUAGUAAUAGAAUAGACUAUUGGUGUAAAUUAUUGUCAAAAACUGUGAGGCACCAGACAGUGAAGGUUGAUAUUGGAUUAAUCUAGUAGUAAUCCUGUGUACAGUUGAAGAUAUUUGUAAAAUGUCACUGUGAAUUUCCUGUUGUCUUUUUGUAAUUCUUUAACAAAAAGUUUCCUAAUAAAAAAUGGUUACUAAUAGUAUUACUAUUAUUAAGAACUAAUGUAAAUGAUUGACAUUAAGCAAGCUGAGGUGUUUGCUUAAGCAUAGAAUAAGUUUAAAGAAACAUUAGCUGGCAUAAAUGAGAGAUAAGAUCUUAAAAUUCAAUUACUGUAAUGAAACCUUAUUUUGGUAUUGUUCUAGACCUUUGCUACUCAUAUGGUCCAAAGACCAUUGGUGGCACCUGGUAUCUUACUGAAAAUGCAGAAUUUCAGGGAUAGACUUUGUAAAUAAAAACUGGCAUUUAAACAAGGUCCCCAAGUGAUUGUUAUGGUACCUUAAUAUUUGUGAAGAGAGUAUCAGGGUACAAAUUACUUGCUAAUAUGUAAGAUUUUCAGUGGUCUCACAACUCUCAAUCAAACAUUAGAUACUAGGUCAUUAUAAUCUUCAUUGUUUUUGACAGCUAAUUAACUUUUUAAUAAUAUUGAUGCAUGAACUUCUUAUGUCUUCUAAUUCUAAAUUUCUAAUUCUCAUUUAUUGUUGCAACCAAGGGUAAUAGUUUCUAUUUUUCUUAAUUACAAAUGAAAUCAAAGCUGCAGAUGACUGCAAAUUAUGAGUAGGAAAGUUGUCCCUUUUGUACUUAAGCUCCUACACAAUGUACAACUUAUUUGUGUUCAUUCUUAAAAAAAAAAAUCUGUGACAGCUUAUACAGUGAUUCUGAAUUUUUGCUCCAAGUGGUUUGCACUAUUGGCUUUCUGGAAUAUGGAGUUAUGUUAACAAUAAAAUUCUUUUAUGGUACCUUUGAUACUAUUUCAAAUAAAGAUUGAACAUUGAAGUUUUUUUAUAACAGUUAUAAAAGUUGGAUAAUGUCAACUGUGGCAACAGCUGUUAUAUGCACUGCUUGCCCCACUCACCUCUCAAAUUUGAGAGGUUGGGUGGCUAUAGGUCGCUUUUCUAUAAUCUCCUGUGGAUCAAGAGAAGGAUUCUACACAAAACUGGGGUCUGGUACCCAUAGUUCAGAGGAUCUAAGCUAGGGAUUCUUGGACUUCCCCACCCUCUCACGCUUAAAACCUGAGUAUUCUAGUGAAGCUGUGCCCGGUGCUAGCCUCUUGGAAUCCAAGUGGGGAGAGGAGAAACACAGUGGACUUUUCAAGGGAGGGUCCCAUUGCCCACUUGUCUUCCUUCCUCUCCCCGAUGCCACUGAAACCACCUUGGAGUCCCUGAUGUACUGCACGAACUUUUGAAGUCUAUUUCUGUCGUAUUAAAGAGCAGAAAUUCUCCAGCACACUUGUUUGUUUUGAAAAAGCAGUAUUUCAUUGCCUUUUUCAAUUAUAAAGUGACGUAGCAAAUACUAUUCACUUUUUAAAAGUUAAAUUAAAGGGAAAUAUGUCUUUAAACCAAAAUAAAUGAAAAUGAUUCUAGUUUUAAGGGAUUUUGCCCAUUUUGGAAGAACAUAACUAAAAUGUUGAAUGGUAGAUUAUGAAGGAAAAUAUUUAAGACAUGAUUUUUAACAAAGAGUUAGAAUAAGGCAGCUUAAUGGUUUGAGUCUAUAGACACAUUCAACCUCUAUUAAAGGAAAGCACACCUAGGACGUGUAUGCUAAAAAAUGUAGCUGAAAAUAUUAGAGACAAGUCAGUGGUACUCAAACUAAGCACUGUAGAUAGUAAUGUAUAGUAGUGUCUUCCCAAUCUUUGAAUGAAAAAUUAAAACUCUAGUCCUUUAAUUAGCAUGAAUUUAUACUUUUAGAUAUGUUGUUGAGUCCUGAAUAUUCUUGGGUGAUUCGGAUUUAUGCUUAAUAUCGCUAAGCUCCUCAUCAGAGAUCAUAAGUUGUCUUCUCUACUGUGUAACUUGUGCACACCUAGAAAGGAUGACAGUGAGCAAUUUGAACAUGUUUUUGUGUUUUUUACGGUAGAAUUUUAGGAGACUUGCAGGUUAAUUGAGGUUUUUCCUUGAAAACUGAAGCUUCUAGUUCACAUAGUUUGCUUUCCCUCAUUGACCUUACUAUGUACCUCCUGCCUUUACUUCUGAUCAUGUGGUGAUGCCAAACUUUUCCUCACAAAUAUACUUGUUGUAAUUGUAUUCCUAGAGUUUACAUUCCUAAAGAAUAAACAUGGCUUUGGAUAUUUUUAUGUGUUCUCUCCAUUUGUAAGGCUGUGGAAAUAAACUGGAGUUGUGUUUUUU